AUGUCGUUCUCAAUAGGCAUGCCAUGGCACGACGGCGAAGCAAAAAUGCACCGUCUCCUGCGUGUCCCGCCACAAGAUAACCCGACUUCCGCCAUGCUCACGCCACAAGCUUCGUUCAUGUUUCAGCGAGCUCCCCUCCAGGCAUUCGGCACACUGGAUACUCAAAGUCGGCCUUGGGUUACGCUUUGGGGUGGGUCCUCUGGCUUCUCCGAGCCAUUAGGCCAAGGCAUGGUAGGCACGCGGACGCUCGUAGACAGCAAGUACGAUCCCGUUGUGCGGGCAUUGGUUGGCGAUGCGGAGAAGAGCGCUGUAGCACCUCUCACACAUGGAGCGGACGGAAAGCUCAUCGCGGGGCUAGCAAUAGACCUUAUGACGCGCAAGAGAGUAAAAACAGCUGGACGUCUAGUAGCGGCAAUGCUGCAAGAAGUACAAGGCCAGGGAGAAAACGAAUUGGUCCAGACACAAGACCAACUUCAAAUCGUAACUAAAAUCGAGCAAAGCUUGGGAAACUGUCCCAAAUACCUCAAUCAAUAUGUCAUUCGGCCUGCGCUCGUCGCGCCACAGCUCGUCGCAGACGGUCCAUCGCUAUCUGUUGAGGGACAAGAUCUCAUCGCAAAAUCUGACAUGUUUUUCCUCUCCACCAGCACAGAAGACGACAUGGAUGUGAACCACCGCGGUGGCCCCUUAGGAUUCGUCCGCAUCAUUUCCGCCAGCGAAAUCGCAUAUCCCGAGUACUCGGGCAACCGCCUGUAUCAGUCCCUGGGAAAUUUGCAGUUAAACCCGAAAAUUGGACUGGCAUUUCCUGAUUACGCCACAGGAGAAGUACUGUACGUAACGGGCACGGCGGAAAUACUUGCUGGGAAGAAGGCAGCAGAGCUACUACCGGGAAGUAAUCUGGCUGUGAAGAUUAGCAUCCAACAAUCCAGAUUUGUCAGGGGAGGUCUGGCAUUCCGUGGAGAGAAGAAGGAACAGAGUCCUUACAACCCUCGUGUCUGGCCUUUGGCGUCUGAAGGGAAUGUGCGGGCUGGAAUUUUCAACUCUACCACGUGGCCAAGUAGCCAAAUCUUUGCGAGGCUAAUGCAGAAGACGCUGCUCUCACCGACAAUAGCGCGCUUCACGUUUUCGGUGUCAGGUCCUGGUGUCAACUAUAAUGCUGGGCAGUGGGUAGCCCUCGACUUCAAAGCAGAACUCGAUGUUGGGUAUGAGCAUAUGCGAGACGAGGACCCCUCGAGUUUGAAUGAUGAUUUUGUGAGGACGUUUACGAUUUCUUCCAUGCCCUCUUCCUCAUCAAACACGGACAGAGAACAAGAAUUUGAUAUUACAAUCAGAAAGGUGGGACCAGUCACAAGCUUCCUCUUCAACCAAAAUGAGCGUGCCGGCCUCGAGGUCCCAAUUCUGGGAAUAGGCGGAGAAUUCGCUGUUCGACAAGAGAAAGAGCAAGUCAUUGCGCCCUUUGUGGCUGGCGGUGUGGGUAUAACGCCUCUUCUUGCUCUGCUACCUCGUCUAAAGCUUGCCCCUGAUCGGUUCAGACUGUUUUGGGCGCUGCGUGUUGAGGAUAAGGGUUUUAUGGAGGACACGUUUGAACGUCAUCAUGAGCUGGCUGUAUGUACCAAUGUGUAUCUUACGGGAGCACAAGAUGGUACAAAUAGCUUGGAGGAAAUGGAGAGUGCAGGAGCAAGCGUUUCGCGCAGACGGUUAACCAAAAGUGAUUUGGAUAAGAUAGAGGCGGAGACUUGGUAUCUAUGCGCAGGAAAGGGCUUGAGCAGGGAGGUUCUAAGCUGGCUUACAGGUCAGAAUGUCGUCUCGGAAGAUUUUUCCUAUUAG